CAGCUUCCCCCUGGCGUGUAAAUAGAUACCAGGCUCUCAGGGCAUCGGGAGGGAAGGAGAUGUAAGAGAAGGGAGCUGCGGGAGAGUGGAAAGGAAAGAAAAGGAGGAGCCGAAGAGCAAGCAGUUGCCUUGAACACAGCAGAGUGUCUGUGUGUCAGAGUGUCAACAUCACUCCCGCUCCGCGCCCCAUGCCAUGGAUAUCAUAUUUGGCAGAAAUAAGAAGGAGCAGCUGGAACCUGUGAGGGCCAAAGUGACAGGCAGGAUUCCCACAUGGCUGCAGGGUAUGCUGCUCCGCAACGGGCCUGGAAUGCACACAGUGGGGGAGACCAGAUACAACCAUUGGUUUGAUGGCCUGGCCUUGCUCCACAGCUUCACAAUUAGAGACGGUGAAGUCUAUUACAGGAGCAAAUACCUGAGAAGUGAUACCUACAAUGCCAACAUCGAGGCCAACAGGAUUGUGGUGUCAGAGUUUGGAACGAUGGCCUAUCCAGACCCCUGCAAAAACAUAUUUUCCAAAGCAUUCACGUACUUGUCCCAUACCAUCCCCGAUUUCACAGACAACUGCCUGAUUAACAUCAUGAAGUGUGGAGAAGACUUCUAUGCGACCACAGAGACCAAUUACAUCAGGAAAAUCAACCCACAGACUCUGGAAACCCUGGAGAAGGUUGAUUAUGGCAAAUACGUGCCUGUAAAUCUGGCAACAGCACAUCCUCAUUAUGAUGCAGCCGGAAAUGUUCUUAAUAUGGGCACAUCCAUCAUGGACAAGGGGAAGACGAAAUAUGUGAUCUUUAAGAUCCCUGCCACUGUACCAGAGGACAAGAAGGGGAAGAACCCCUUGAAGCACAUGGAGGUGUUCUGCUCCAUCAUCUCCUCCUCCCUCCUCUCCCCGAGCUAUUACCACAGCUUCGGAGUCACCGAGAACCACAUCGUUUUCCUCGAGCAGCCUUUCAAGCUAGAUAUCCUCAAAAUGUCAACUGCGUACAUCCGGGGAGUGAACUGGGCCUCCUGCCUGGCUUUCCACAAGGAGGACAAGACUUACAUUCACAUCAUCGACCAGAGGACCAGGAAGCCUGUGCCCACCAAGUUUUACACGGACCCCAUGGUGGUCUUUCAUCACGUCAACGCCUACGAGGAGGACAGCUGCCUUCUGUUUGACGUCAUCACCUACAAGGACAGCAGCCUUUACCAGCUCUUCUACUUGGCCAACCUGAACCAGGACUUUGAGGAGAACUGCAGGCUCACCUCCAUCCCCACCCUCAGGAGGUUUGCUGUGCCCCUCAAUGUGGACAAGGAUGCAGAAGUGGGCUCAAAUUUAAUCAAACUGGCAUCUACAACAGCAAGAGCCCUGAAGGAAAAAGAUGACCAGGUCUACUGCCAGCCGGAGUUGCUUUAUGAAGGCUUAGAACUGCCUCGGAUCAAUUAUGCUCACAACGGAAAGCCAUACCGCUAUGUCUUUGGUGCUGAAGUUCAGUGGAGUCCCAUCCCAACCAAGAUACUGAAAUACGAUGUUCUCACAAAGUCAUCCUUAAAAUGGGGACAGGAGCACUGCUGGCCAGCAGAACCCCUGUUUGUACCCACACCGGGUGCCAAGGACGAGGAUGAUGGGAUUAUCCUAUCAGCCAUCGUCUCUACCGAUCCCCAAAGGCUGCCUUUUCUGCUUAUUCUGGAUGCCAAAAGUUUUACAGAAUUGGCUCGUGCAUCCAUUGAUGUAGAGAUGCACCUGGAUCUCCAUGGGUUAUUCAUUCAGGACACAGACUGGGACAAGAGGAAGCAGGCCCCUUCCCAGGAAGAGCAGGACGGGGCUCCAGACUGUCUCGUGGCCCCUCAGAGAUGACUGGGUUGGGGCCUGGG